UUUAUUUCCUCGAAUGCAAACGGUUUAGAUGUGGACGUGCAUUCCCCACGCUUUUCCCGUCCCUCUUUUGGGUUGUUCCUUGAGGGCCAAAGUCACUGUUGGGCUUUAUGUGAACCUCACCUAACCUGUGUUUUUUCACUUCCCUGCAGUUACCGGUAUUGUAAGAACAAGCCGUACCCAAAGUCUCGCUUCUGCCGAGGUGUCCCUGAUGCCAAGAUUCGCAUCUUUGACCUGGGGCGGAAGAAGGCAAAAGUGGAUGAGUUUCCACUCUGUGGCCACAUGGUGUCAGAUGAAUAUGAGCAGCUGUCCUCUGAAGCCCUGGAGGCUGCCCGAAUUUGUGCCAAUAAGUACAUGGUAAAAAGUUGUGGCAAGGAUGGCUUCCAUAUCCGCGUGCGGCUCCACCCCUUCCACGUCAUCCGCAUCAACAAGAUGUUGUCCUGUGCUGGGGCUGACAGGUGAGCUUGGUCUGGGCCUUUUAAGGCAGUUUUCCCAUAACUUGGAGUCUCUAUGUUAUUA